AUGAAAUGUCUCAAAAAGGUUACAAGAAUUUUUCAAUUGAUUCAAUUAAUCGAGUAUAUAAAUGUGGCAUUGGAGUUCAAUUUCAUUAACUCUGGUAAUGAAGCAACAAUUCAAAAAUUCACAUCACAACAAUCAUUAAUUUCAAAAUUUAAACUUUGUUGGUUGGUUUUCAAAGGAAUUAGUUUUACUCUUGAUCCAUCUAUUGGUUAUUUAUUUAAUAAUUUUUCAAAGAUGGAUGAUAUAUAUGGUAUUGAUUUAUAUGUAUAA